AUGUUUGUCAGUCAUUCUAAGAAUAAGAAAAAAAAAAGAUAUUUUCAGGUCACAUUUUUUGUCUUCUUUCCUUUAUCUUUUUUUCGAAAUCUGUAUCAAGCACACAGGGUGGCACUGUUUGAUAGAGCAGCACUGUUUGCCCUCCUGGUGUGGGCACCUCUGCAAGUGGCAUCAGAUUCAGAAGAAGAGGUUGUCUCAGAGUGGAAGCUGUGGAAAAAGCGCAAUGAAGUGUCUUAUGAUGAAGAGAGUGAUGAUGCUCAGAGGAGGGUCAUCUGGGAGAGCAACAUGAGGAUGAUUGACAAAAACAACGAAAACUUUCGUUUUGGAAUUUCAUCGUUUACCAUGGCAAUGAACAAAUAUGGUGACCUUACCCAGUUGGAGUAUAAAAGUUUACUGGGCGCCACAAUUAAUGGUCGGAUAAAUAGAAGAGGAAAGAUUGCAUCUGCUCAGGUGCUCCGUUCCAGUGCCAAGAGACUGGGAUUAACCACUGUGGACUACAGAGCGAUGGGAUAUGUUACUGAAGUUAAAGACCAGGGAUUCUGUGGGUCGUGUUGGGCUUUCAGUACUACAGGUGCCAUUGAGGGACAAAUGUUCAAGAGGACGGGGCGGUUGGUGUCCCUGAGCGAGCAGAAUCUGGUGGACUGCUCCAGGUCUUAUGGCACAUAUGGCUGCAGUGGAGCCUGGAUGGCAAAUGCCUAUGAUUAUGUGGUCAACAGAGGGUUGGAGAGCUCCGACACCUACCCCUAUACAUCAGUGGAUACUCAGCCCUGUUUUUAUGACAGCAGCCUGGUUGUCGCCAGAAUCAGUGACUACAGAUUCAUCCCAGCUGGAGAUGAACAGGCACUGGCUGAUGCCGUGGCAACUGUCGGUCCAAUCACUGUUGCCAUAGAUGCUGACAACCCAAGUUUCCUCUUUUACAGCUCGGGGAUCUACAAGGAGUCUAGCUGUAACCCUAACAACCUCAACCAUGCUGUGCUUUUGGUUGGUUAUGGUUCAGAGGGUGGCAAAGAUUACUGGAUAAUCAAAAACAGUUGGGGAACAGGAUGGGGUGAAGGAGGCUACAUGCGAAUGAUCCGAAAUGGCAAAAACACCUGCGGGAUAGCCAGCUAUGCUCUCUAUCCCAUUGUAUGAGAAGAACUAGAAAUUUACCAAUAAAGACAAAUGAAG